AUGGAUUCCGUUUCAUUUGGCAGCAAAUGUGAGUUCAAUCGUGAUUUAUACAAGGCUGCAAUCAAGGGUGAUAUCCAACCCUUCACGGAUGACAAUCAACAUCUUGAUCUCAUAUUAACACCGAUUAAGAAUACAAUCUUGCAUGUUCACCUGUCAUCCGAAACCCGAAAAUCAAUAUCGUUCGUGAGAGAAAUGCUUGAAAAAUGUCCAUCGCUUCUACUACAAGUUAAUGCCAAUGGGGAUACACCCCUACAUGUUGCAGCAAGACAUGGAUACUCUACUAUAGUGGAAGUUCUUAUUGAGUGCGCAAAAACUCAACCUCAAGAUACAGAAAGUGGGUUAGAAUACAAGCAGCUGAUGAUCAGGAAGAGCAAUAACGAGGGAAACUCAGCCUUGCACGAGGCAGUGUCGAGUGAUUACGUUCGUGUAGUGGAAAUUUUAACCAAAGAAGACUUUGAGUUUUCACAUUUUGCUAAUAAUUUUGGGGAAACUCCACUUUUCAUUGCUGCCGAGAGAGGAUGUCUCUUAUCAUUGCGUGAAAUAUUAGAAGAUGCAAGUAUUACAAGAGAAUUGCUAAAGAACAAACAGUGUUUGACCAAAAACAGAAAUGAACACGGGUGGACUCCACUUCAUUUCGCUGCAUACUAUCGUAGUUUUCGCAUUACAAAACUACUUUUAGAAUAUGAUAAAUCUGCUGCAUACGCUGCUGAUAAAAAUAGAAAGAUGACACCUCUUCAUAUGGCCGUCAGCAAUGCAUCUCCGCUUCAUAUAUGUUUCAUGCCGAAACAAUUUUAUGUGCAUAUGCAGAUAAUAGAAGAAAUUAUUUCCCAGUGUCCAGAUUGUUGUCAAAUGGUUGACGACCGUGGAUGGAAUGUUCUUCACUUUGCCAUGACUAAGUUACCUGUUCGACAUCUUGUUACUAAGAAGGAUGCAAAAGGAAACACUCCUCUCCAUGUGCUUGCUGCUUGCCGUCCACGGGAAUACCCUGACAUAAAAAAAACACACUCCAAGGAAACUGAUAUUUUGCAACCAAUUUUUUAG